AUCAGGCAGAGAUCACCACCAAGAGAUCACAAGACAAGAAAAACACUAAUAAACCUUGCAUUAUUCAGUACCUCGCAUGUUAGACAAAAGAAAUGCAUUUCUGGAUUCAUGUCAUCAGAUAUGACGUAUCUUACCCCCAAGAAACAUGCACAUGAAUGUAAUAUAGAGUUGACCCGCCCUUUGCAGCUAUACCAGCUUCAACUCUUCUGGGAAGACUUUCCACAAGGUUUAGGAGUAUGUUUAUGGGAAUUUUUGACCAUUCCUCUAUUUGUGAGGUCAGGCACUGAUGGUGGAUGAGAAGGCUUGGCUUGCAGACUCUGCUCUUAUUCAUUGGUAAUCUGUCAGGUUGAGGUCAGGACUCUGUGCAGGUCAGUCAAGUUCCUCCACACCAAAAUCUCACAUCCAUGUCCUUAUGGACCUUGCUUUGUGCACUGGUGUGCAGUCAUGUUGGAACAGGAAGUGGUCAUCCCCAAACUGUUCCCACAAAGUUGGGGACAUGAAAUGUCCCCCCCAGAAAACCUUUAUUUUGAAUUGUAGUUUAUUUUGAAAUAUAGCAUCUUGUUAAAACCGGAAGUCGUGAGUGGGUCUGGAUGUGUGCCCAUGUAAACAAUGUUCCACUGAUGGAUGUAAAUAAGCUGAGCAUUUAAAUUUAGUUGAAAAUACUAAGCGAACAUACUAAUACUUAGACAUUUCGUUCUUCUAGUUAAGACUUUAUUUAUUCUCACGCCGUUUAACAGAGCCGUGUGGACUGAAGCUUGCUGAUGGAUUCUUUAUUAGAUCUGUGUGCAGUGUGUGUGGCUCAGCGUGCAGACCGCUAUAUUGAGUGCAUUAGGACUUUACCAUUCAACAUCAAGGACAAACUGCUACGAAUAAUAACGGCUAAAGGCACUCUUACAGAUUCCAACAUAAGUCAGCUCCUUCAUGCAGGAAUUCGUACACUCAGCCUGCAGAACUGCAACGUCUCAGACUCGGCUCUCAGACAGAUCCACUGUCAGCAUCUAAAGGCUAUAAUACUAAUAGGAUGUGUGCACAUCACAUCACAAGGUCUGGAAGCCUUGGCCUCACACUGUGCGGGUCUUCAGAUAGUUGACCUCACCGGGUGUGUGAGGGUGUGUGACUCAGGUGUACGAGUGCUGGCACAGAGAUGUAAGCGGCUAGAGGUCAUCUCGCUCAGUGAAUGCCCUGCGAUCAGUGAUGCAGCUCUGAUCGAACUAGGGGCUAACUGCAGUUGUCUAUACAGCAUUGAUUUUGGUGGGACAGAGGUCACUGACGAAGGAGUUAUCGGUCUUGCAACUGGAGUGUGCUGCCAGAGCUUAAAGGUUGUUUUGCUGCUGCUUUUGCUGCUGCAUCGGCUUUGGCGUUACCUGUGGAAAUAGGGUCAUUACAACACGUAUGUGCUUCACAUUUACAUACUGCAAUAGCUUUUGGAAGUAGGAUUGCGUCCAGGAGGUCAGCUAUCAGGCCAUGGUACGCGAUAAGCUUGCCUGAGGAGGUCAGAAAACCCCUGUGCUUCCAUAAUGUUCCAAAAUCAUGCAUGACACCAAAGGUGUACCUGCUAUCAGUGUAAAUAUUCACAGUCUUACCCUCUGCCAAUUUGCAGGCCUCUAUGAGGGCGGUGAGUUCCGCCGCCUGUGCUGAGUAAUGAGACGGAAGUUUACCUGAAAUUAGAAUUUCAUUCUGAGUCACUACUGCAAACCCUACGCAGUUUUGACCUGUUUCUGAGCCUCUGGAUGCUGAUCCAUCCACAAAUAGUUCCAGAUCAGGGUUGAUCAGCGGUAUCUCCUGUAAAUCAGGUCUUGGACUACAAACUUCAUUAAUCACACUCACACAAUCAUGAGGCUCUCCAUCCUGCUCUGUGGGAAGAAGAGUGGCAGGGUUAAGAGUUGUGCACCGUUUAACUAUGACAUUCGGCAUUUCUAAGAGUACAGUGUUAUAUCUCAACCAUCGAGUGGCUGUCAUGUGUGCUGUCUUUUGUUCUAAAAGCAGUUGCAACACUGCAUAUGGUACCAACAAAGUUAAUUCGCUGUAGCCUACGAUAUCUCGUGAGGCAUUAACAGCUUUCUCUGCUGCAGCCACUGCUCUAAGACACAUAGGAAGUCCUGUGGCUACCGGAUAUAGCUUUGCCGAGAAGUAAGCCACUGGUCGCAGCCUACCCCCAUGCUCUUGAAGUAAAACAGAUGUCAUGCACCCCCCUUUUUUGUCCACAGUCUGUGUAAAUGGCCUCAUCGGGUCAGGAAUGCCCAAUGUGGGUGUCGUCUGUAAUGUCUGUUUCAGUCGUUCAAACGCAGCGUUUGCAGUCUCAGUCCACGUCACUUUGCUGUGUGCUUGAGCAAUAGCGCUCAGCGGUGCCUCUAACACAGCAUAAUCGGGUAUGAACAUCCUACAGUAUGAACACAUACCCAAGAAUGACAUUAAAUGUUUUUUAGUAAUUUUCUGUAUUGCUUCCACUGUACUCCACUCAAGUCUUUUACCUCCUGCAGAAAUUAAAUGUCCUAGGAACUUCACUUCUUGUUGUACAAAUUGCAGUUUUGACAGGCUUGCUUUAUGUCUUUCUUUAGCGAGGUGACAGAGCAAUUUAAUGGUGUCUUUUUCCACACUGCUCUUUAGUCGGUACGGCCAAAAGGAUGUCAUCUACAUACUGAAGCAACACAGAUUUCUCAGUUAGCUGCAGUGUAUCUAAAAUGUUCUUUAAUGCUUCAUUACAGAUUGUAGGUGACUCACAAUAGCCCUGACAUAAGUGUGUGAAAGUAUAGGCUUUUCCAUUAAAGGAAAAUGCAAACCAAAAUUGACAAUCUGGAUGUACUGGUACACUAAAGAAUGCAUUAACUAUAUCGACAACAGAGAACAAUGCACUGUCAACUGGAAUUUGGGACAAGAUAGUGUAUGGGUUGGGAACAUUAGGUGCUCGUUGGAUCACAGCAUCAUUAACGACUUUCAAAUCUUGUACGAAUCUCCACUGCUCCGGCUCCCCUGGAACUCUUAUUUUUCUUACUGGGAAGAGUGGCGUUCGCACAGGAGACGUCUCACAUGGCACUAUAACUCCAGAUUUUAAUAGAGAAUUAAACACCGGUGUUAUUCCUGCUAUAGCUUCUGGUUUUAGAGGACAUUGGGCUCUCUUUGGCCUAUAAUCCGAUUUUGGUGUAAUGAUCACUGGAGGGCAAUUUUUAAUCAGACCUACAUAUUUUCCACUCGCCCACAAUUCUUUGGGCACUUUUCGUGGUCGUACAUCUGAAAGUUCCAAUUUGGUAGGGCCAAGUCAGUUUUUUAUACCAUGGAUUGGGAUCUGUCCUGUCAUCAGGAAGGAUAACCACACCUCUCUCAGCUCUAGGCAGCAAAUUUAGUGCUGUGCUAUAUGCAUUUAAUUUUGGGCUGUAAAGAACAGCUGGCUGCUCAGUUGGUUCCCAAUCAUGACUUUGAGUAGCCUGUAACAUCCAUUCUCCCAAAAAUUCCCACUCGUCAUUGACAGAUUUGGCUAGAGAGAGAUGUGGAGAUCCAUGAUUCAUUUGGAAUGGGUGUGCAUGACCAGCCCGAACUGAAACCCAAGAUAAAUCUACCCCUACAGCACAUCUGUGUUCAUUCCAUAUCACACGCUUCAAUAUCAACAUGUCUGGCCUAUCUAACUUCCUAUACCAUUCUUUCUCUUAACUCUCAUGUGGUUCGUAUCUGUGUAUGUGCACAGUACAGUGCAGCGCUUUCAGUGUCAUGUAGUCUGUAUGAGAAAAGGAGGUGAGAGUUUUUGCUUUCUCUGCUAGAGAGUGUAUAACAUCAGUGAAAGAGGAAUUACUCAGUUUCCAUUCAUACACAUAGAACAGGGGUCUGGGAUCAUAUUUUACAAAGCAGGAGCUAUCUCCCCAUUCUAUCCUAAGGCCUAGUGAUGUGCUGAUCAAAUUUAAAUUUAGUUUGCACAUCAAAUCUCGACCCAGCAGAUUUAUUGGGCAACACUCAGAAAUUAAAAAAGAGAAUUCAAAUUGUUUCUGUGUAGUUACUAUCUCACAUUUUAAGGGCACAGAGAAUGUCUCAAUUACUGACAUCCCCGAUGCUCCUGUAGUACACAGAGAGCGAUUGCUCAUUCUAGGUGAAGUAGAAAAUUCACACAAUUGUGUCACAGAAUGCCCUGCUCCUGAGUCAACUAGAAACUGUCUCGGUAUUUGCUCAAGUUUCAUUCAUAGGUGAAAUAGCGGCUUCUGAUACUUUGUUAAACAUCGGGCUAGUGACAGGUGGAUAUGGAAUGUUUAGCUUAAGCUUUUCUUCAUUGCAUUGAACAAAAGAUCAGACUUACCCUUCCCUGGCUGCUUACCCGUCCCUGACCCAACCAAACCUCAUGUUUCUGUGUUCUCUUCUCCCCCGCGAUGUCUCUUCGGACAGUCUCGUAUCCAGUGGUCUGUUUUUCACAGGAAACAUCCACUCUGGAAUCCAGGCUUGCCCCGUCCUUGACCUCUACCACGACCACGGCCCCUCCCUCUGUAAACAUCUCCUUAAGCCUCAGAUAAUUGAACCAUAGUAAGACGGUGUUGCAUUUCUGUUCUUUUUUCUUUCCCUUUUUGUCUUUCAGCAUUCCACAACUUCUCUGCAUGCACAGCAUGUUGUUCAAUCAGAGAUAACUUUCCAGUGUCCCAAGUAAUGCACGUUUGUUUGACUUUUCUUGCAAUGUCCUCUUUUAACCCAUUCAUGAAACUGUUUCUCAAGUGUGCCUCAUAGGGUGUAAUAUCCGCUGCGGCCAAGUCUUCUGAGCGCUCGAGGCCACUGUGAGCAUCAUGCACUUCUGUUAAUCGUGCAAGAUAUCUGGAGACUGUUUUGUCGUCUUCUUGUCUGCACAUAGAGAUUUUAGUCAUGUCCAUUCUUACUGGAAAAGCUUGGUUAAGAGCAUCAGUCAGGCACAUUACUAAGUUUCUGUAUUCAACAUUCUCGGCAUUAUUCCAGUUUACAUGACGAAUCUGAAUAUUUCUCUCUGGCCAGUCAAAAUGCAGGUGCAACACAUCAACGCUGAGUUUUCUCAUCAUGAGGCGUCGCAAUUCAUGGGCUGUGGGUCAGAUUUCUCUGCAAAAUCGGACCAGUUCAUUACCGAACUUCCGACCUCCCACUUCUCUUGGAUCUGGGAGUUGUUUCUGCGUGUCUUCUAUGUCAUUUGAUCCCCAUGGGCAAUACAUAAGAAGUGAUCCUUCCCUCUGGGCCAGCUACCUCUACCAUAGGCAUCUGAAUGUCAUCAGUUAAGUGAGACGAUCUGCGUCAGCCAUCAGGAAUGGCCUCGGCAUCAUGCUCAUUGAGUGUGCUGGAAAUUGGAUCAUCUGGUCUCGUUUCCUUCAGAAUCCCCUUUUGCUUUCAGCCACGGGUGCGGGUAGAGGCUCCAGGUCCCGUUUAACAGGGAGGAGGGUCCUGCUCAGCUGCUGUGGAUGGUUGAGGUGUGGAGGCGUGCGGUUGGAGUGGUUGUCUGUGUCUCUGAGGCAGUGGUCUGGGAGGGCAGCUGUCCAGGUCUGGGUCUACGAGAGAUUUAGUUCACUGCAGAGAGGAAGAUUGAAAGUUAGUUUGUACAUUUGUUUUGCGCACUCUGGUUUUGGCUUCAGUUGCCCACAUAUUAUACGAAACCCAGUCUACUUCUCUUCUCUUUUUCCCUUUUUCUUUGAAGCCUCACAUUCUUGUAACUUUUCUCUCAACUUUUCUAAUUGUCUUUCACUAAAACUAACUUUCUCUGGAAAUCCACAGUCCAUCACCCACAUACGAUAUUGUGAUACAGAACCAGGCCCAUAAUUAUAAAUUGAACAUUAGGAUGCUUACAUGCCCUCAAGAAAUCAUCACUCUCAUCCUUACUUUCCCAACUACCCAUUGUUCGUGUUGGUUCCUGUAUUCUCUCAACAGUCGAUCAACAGACAAAUGCCUUAUUUACCUCUUUUAGCCUGAUUUUACCUGCGCAGGUCACUCAGCUGUGCUCGUCAGCACCAUCGACGGCUUUCUUAAAAGUCUGCUGAAAGUAGUUACAUCAAUAUAUAUAUAUAUAUAUAUAUAUAAUAUACUACCAUAGUAUAUAGUUAGUUCCCAGAACUAUUCAUGUAAUUUUACUGUUUCCAGAACCAUUUUCCAGAAUCCAAGCUUAAAUUCUGCCUACCUGAAGCUGAUUGUCUGAAGAUGGAAAGAGUGAGAGUUUAAAUAAAUUAAAACCUUACCACCUAAUUCCAGAGCCCUUCACUGGGGCAGUCUCGUGAUUUUCCAGAUCUCUCCCCACCAGUAGUCAAUUGUGUGGUUCGAGGAAGUAACCAUCUUCGGGUUGGUCUGGACCAGACCGAUCAGGGAUCAACCCCGAGACUGGCACUCAGAUGAGGGAUCUCGGUGGAACCUCCAGAAAUGUGGUG